CUUCCGGUUCACAUCAAAAUCGGUCCCGUGGCCCGUUAUUUCAUUUCCUAUUUUUGAUCUGAGCAUUGAAUCGAAAUGACCCGUUAUUCGUUUUUUGGUAUCAGAUUCGUAAACGAAUAACGAAAUAACGAACCAUUUUUUCAUUUUCCGAUUUUGGAAUCUCAAUUGAAUAUGAAAAGAACGAAUGAUAAUGAUACACGGAUUCUCUUUUCACACCCACAGCCAGGUUUUUUUUUAAAAUUUAGUAUCCUUUUCAUCCUUAGGCCAAACUAUUUAACUGACACAUUGCGUGUGAUUAAAUAAAUACUGAAGUGACUUGUAGACUUGUUGCUGGGUGAGACAUUUUUUUAUUGGAAUAAUUGUGAUAUUGAACAUAUGUAAUGGUGCUUCUGGGGUACACGCUCUAGCUCCAUCUCUGGUGCUGCUAUGUAAAUGCACUCUGAAAGCCUUCCUGUUUCACCUUUAAUUUCUAAACAUGGCUCCCAUGAAGAAAGUAAUUGUUGCUGCUGUUGUUGCUGCUCUUGCAGCUUUCAUUGGACACCGAUUUCUUCAACUAAAGGAAAUGGCCCUCACGUCCAGAGAUGUUCCUGUGAAACCCCUCAACUGUCAUUAUUUAAAGAAUAUUGAAUAUGGGGCAGAGGAUAUCACAAUACUAAGAGAUGGACUGGCCUUUCUAAGCACAGGGUUGAACUAUCCUGGAAUGCCUUCUUUCUCCGAUGACCCAGGGAAAAUGUACGUUUUGGAUCUGCUGCACCCGAAGCCAACUCCAGUGGAGUUGCAAAUCAAAGGAGAGCUCGACCUCAGCUCUUUCAACCCACACGGCAUAAGUGUAUACAUCGAUGAAGCAGAUGACUCUGUGUACCUGUUUGUUGUCAAUCACCCGCACCACAAAAGCCAAGUGGAGAUCUUUCAUUUUGUUGAGGAGAACACACUUGUGCACCUAAAAACUAUUACCCACCCCCUACUCCACAGUGUCAAUGACAUUGUUGCAGUCGGAGUAGAGAGCUUCUACGCAACAAAUGAUCACUACUUUCCCAAUGAAGCGCUCCACUUUCUGACUGUCCUCCUGGGUCUCCCCUGGUGUGAUGUGGUGUACUACAGUCCAAAGGAAGCGAGGGUGGCAGCGGAUGGAUUUAUGUCUGCAAAUGGCAUCAACAUAUCCCCUGACAAACGGUAUAUUUAUAUUUCAGACAUCCUUGACCAUGCGAUCGACGUUUAUGAGAGACAAGAAGGGGAACAAUUAGUGCAUCUUAAGUCUGUAGCUGUUGGCUCACUCUGUGACAACAUUGAGGUGGACCACAGGACAGGUGACAUAUGGCUUGGUUGUCAUCCAAAUGGCAUGAAGUUGGUAACGUAUGACCCUGAAGAUCCACCCGGCUCAGAGGUCAUCCGGAUCAAGAACAUUCAUUCAGAGCAGCCGGUGGUGAGCCAGGAGUAUGCUGAUAAGGGCCAUGUGCUCAUAGCCUCCACUGUAGCAGCUCCCUAUGAAGGAAAGUUGCUAAUUGGCACCGUUUUCCACAAAGCCCUGUGUUGUGAUUUGAAAUAAUCUGUGUAUUUUGUAUCUAGAGUUACUACUGUUUAACAAUAGAAAUGUUGUAAGAAAAGAUUUGGAUAGAUAAAAAUAAAAAAAAUAAAAUCUUGAUUCACCGUUUGCAAAAGAAGAGUAAUAUUUUACUUGAUACAGACACUGGAUCAUGUCAUUUUAAAGCAGGAAACCAUCUAAAAUUCAUUUUGUAUCCUUUUCACAAAAUGCUGUUUUCUUGAUAUGAAAUGUUUGUUUUCUU